AUGACGCUCGGCGCGGAUCCCAUGGAGCUGGACGAACAGGAGAGGCAAUUUUGGGCCCAGGCCGGUCCGGUCAAACGGGAACAGGAACCGAGAAGAGAUGUGCUGCAUCAAACGGAGCACUCCAAGAGGCAGGGUCUGGCACCACAGGACCGGAACAAAGGCAAGGGCAAGGGUACCAAGGGCAAAGGCAAGGGAAAGCAGGGCCUACCAAGUCCAUCCAGUGCCAACCCGAUCACGGGCUACACAAAUGGUUUCGGAAGCCAUCCACCCAAUCCCUGGACACAGACUCAGGACCUGCAGCCACUGGGAAAUCAAGAUCCAGACUGGAUGGAGUACAGGAUGAAUCGACUAUCUCAGCUGGUCCUUCGCCAGGAGCAAAUCAUCUCAGCCAUCCGUCAGGAUCUGGUCCUCUACCUCUGUGUACGAUCCGGACCAGAAGGGAUGGUACCAGUUCUCUGCGAAGCAGCGGAGAAGUGGAGGAAGAUGAAAGAGGAAGAACCCGAGAAGAUCACUUACUCCCUCAAACUCAUGCUCUUCAAGCAGCUGCUCAUCACCCUCCACCAGAGGUUGACCAACAUGAUCGCGGACGAGGAUGCUCUCGCCAAAGCCAAGAACCUGAACUGGAUCGACGAUCAGAAACAUUGGAAACAUCUUACAUGGAAUCCCACCAAACAAUGUCUGGAAGUCGACAACUCGGUGAGGCCAAUACCGGCGGAAGAUCUGUUGGCUCAACUGGUUCAGAUGAGGAAGGCAGUUACGGAAGAGACCCUGGUGAGGUUCAAGUCCAUGCGGAAGCUCACCACGGAGGUGACCUCCGACUGGAUUCAAUUCCAGAUCUGCAUGUCACUUCGCCCGGAGGGAGGAGCCAUGUGGAGCACGCUGAACCAGUGGAUCGGACAAGCAUCGUGGCACACCCUGGGAUGCCGGCUCCGUCGCGAUCGACCGAACUACGACACCCUGGUCCAGGAAGCUAGGCUGCAUGAUGCCUACGUCUCGCCUCCACCGCAGGCUCUUACCAUGCUGUGUCCACCAAACACUGCCACACCUAAUUGCCCCAUUCAGGUGCUCCACUCGGUACCGUGGCUUAUGCUGCUGCAAGCUUGGCCUUCUGUACAUCGUCAGCAUGAUGCAGCUGAGCUGUUACAAUACCUCUUACCCAGGUUCUCGCAUAGUGGGUUCAAUGGUGGCUGGGAGGCCAGAAACUUCGUACCUGGAGGUAUUGCCACUCUUGACAAGGGGCCUACCCAAGCUCCUAUCCCGAUUGUGCUACCGGCAGGUCCAAGCCUGGAGCUCCAGGCAGCCAUUGAUGGGUGGAGUGCUCAGGUCACAGCUCGUUAUGCACUGCUGACUCCGUCUCCCAUGCUCUGCAUACAACUUCAGCGCUUCACAAACGCCGAGGGAGUCAUGCGCAGGGACACCAGACCACUGGUUGACGCAGCCACGGAAGCGACCACGGAGGCAACGGAGGCCGACACCCCAAGUUCAGCUGGAAAGAGCCCGGCGACGCUCGCCCAGCGCAGCGUGACGCUGCCGGACCUUGCACCCAUCUUGAAGGAGAAGGGCGUCUACGAGGAUUACCUGAAAUGGCAGCGGGACUACCAGAAGUGGCGCGCUGCUGCGCCUAGGAGUUCCGCAGAGGAGACUGCCUAA